UCGAAGAGUCCGCGCGUAUGCACGGACAUCAUUUUCAUUCGGUCCCUUUUCUUCGCUUUUCCUUCGUUUACUUCGAGAUUCGAGAGUGGUGGAACGUAUAUACAUGCUUUUAUAACAUGGUGCUCUUCGGCUGGAUGCUUUGCAUUUUUAUCAUAGGGAGUCGGGCUGCGACGAAAAAUGGCUUCAAGAGUUAUCCGACGACGGUGAAGACCUACGAGAACGACACGGUUUUGUUGCCGUGUUACGUCGAAGAUCUUGAUAACGUGCAGACGAGGGUGAGAUGGUGGAGAGACGGUAUCCUUUUGGCUGACAGCGGCGAACCACGACACGAACCACCUGAAAGAGUUAGAAUGUACUCAAACAGAAGCUUGGAGGUUUCCCACGUGAAGCGGAACGAUACCGGGGAAUAUGUAUGCCAGGCGUCUCGACCAGCUCCCUGGGGACAUGCCACCCAAGUACACGAGAUCGAAGUAAUGUAUCCACCCAGCGUCCAUCCAAUACCGGAAACCGGCAGAUUGGAAGUGAAUCUGGAAGAGGAAGUGGACAUGGCAUGUGUGGCGAAGGGUGUACCAGUUCCUAUCAUAACUUGGAGAAACAAGGACGGGGAGAUACCAUUUUUGUAUGAUAGAUCGCGUCUACGAUUCCACGCUGAAAGUCCCAACGACGCUGGCAGAUACACUUGCGUCGCGAAUAACGACGUCGGUGAGCCCGCAAUGGCCACCAUAGAUUUAUACGUGAGAUACAAGCCCAGGAUCGAGAUGACGAAAACUUGGAUGCACGCACCCCCUGGGAUACGAGUGCAACUGCAUUGCGGGGUGACUGCCUGGCCGGAGGCAACGGUGGAGUGGUACUUUAACAACAAGAGCGUGAGAUAUUCGUCGAGGAUUGUAAAGCACAACGCGGGCAGCGAUCACAGUCUAGUGAUAAGGAACGUCAGGACGACGGAUUAUGGUUUCUAUCUCUGCAGAGCUUCUAAUUCAUUAGGAAUCACCGAAGCUGCGGUCGAAUUAUCGGGUAUCGCGAACCCGGCCGUUUUCAAGAAGGCUUCGCACAGUCUCUCCAAGACCUCGUAUAACUUCGUCUGGGAGGUUCACAGUUACAACCCGAUCGUCCAAUACGAGUUUAGAUUUCGUAAAUACCUGAAUGGCGUACCCGGUCAAUGGCGUAAAUUGUACAUACCCAGCGGCAGCGAGGGAAAUAGUUUCAUACACGUAUACUCGUUCACAUUGACGGGAUUAGAAGAAGCAACGCAUUACGAGGCGCUCGUUUUGUCGAAAAAUCGUUAUGGCUGGAGCAAGCCGUCGGAAAUAAUACGAUUCGCCACGGAAGGUGCUCCGGACAAAGAUAACUAUAUCACGAACGCGAUACAAGAAGACAAAGUCGUCCCAGCUGUGCAACUUGCAUCGAUGUCGCAGCAUUCUCCUUUAGAAACCGACAAGUGCGGAUGCUCUCUCGUCGGUGCAGAGGUGACGACAAUUAUCACGAUGAUGUUUAUAUUAUAUGUCUUGAAUUUGAAUUUUUGUAAAAUAUCUGUAUAAAAGCCUAACGACGCGUCAAAUCGAAUUAAUAUUGUGAAUUAAUUACACUGCGUAGAUAAAGAGAAAAGAAUUGUUAAAGGAGAGGUAAUUUGUGUCCUAUAUUAGGAUAAAAUUUCAUGACGUUGAGGUCGUUCAGCAUUAAAACUGUAAAUAAAUUUUAAACC